ACAAUUCUAGAUAUUAUUCUCAGAAGUCUUUGGUCUUACCUUCUCUCGCUCUCUUCUAUGGAAGAAGCUCAAGUGUUUAUCAUCGUCAUCAUCCAUUAAAACCCUAAUUACUUCUCUUCAGUUUCUUCUUCCGAUUCCUUCUUUCUCGAUUCGUUUUUUUUUGUUCUUUGUUGGGUUUAACUUUGAUUUCAUCUAAAGCUUAAGGAGAGAAACAUGGGUCACGCUUCGAUUGCAACAAUCUUAUCUCUGUUACUAAUUUCACACUUGGCUUAUGCGAAAAUUUUGUUGAUCGGGAAAAACAAAUCUCUCUCCUUUGACGACAUCGAAUCCAAUUUCACUCCGAUGAUAAAGAGAUCGGAUCAAGGUGGUGUGUUGUACGUAGCAGAGCCGCUUGAUGCUUGUUCUGAUUUGGUUAAUACGGUGACUGUUGUUGUAAAUGGAUCAAGUGUUUCUCCUCGUCCUCCGUAUGUGUUAAUUAUUCGCGGUGGUUGUAGUUUCGAAGAUAAGAUUAGGAAUGCUCAAAAGGCUGGUUAUAAAGCUGCUAUUGUUUAUGAUUAUGAAGAUUAUGGUUUCUUAGUUUCAAUGGCAGGAAACCCCGCUGGUGUACUUAUAUAUGGGACGUUUGUCUCUAAAGACACAGGGGAAGUACUUAAAAAGUAUGCGGGUCGUACUGAUUUUGAAGUGUGGCUUAUGCCAAGUUUUGAGACUUCAGCGUGGUCAAUCAUGGCUAUCUCAUUCAUAUCUCUCCUCGCUAUGUCUGCUGUGCUGGCUACUUGCUUCUUUGUCCGUAGACAUCGAGUUAGGCGCAGGCGUAUUAUGUCUCUUAGUGGCAGUGACUUUCCUCGUAUGGCUAAAAACUUGCUGAGACGCAUGCCUGUUACAAUAUUUAACGGUGUUUGCGAUGAAGCGUCUACUUCUGUUUCUUGUGCUAUAUGUAUCGAGGAUUAUCGUAUUGGUGACAAGUUAAGGGUCCUGCCUUGCAAUCACAAGUUUCAUGUUGGAUGUGUAGACUUGUGGCUUGGCCAAAGGAGAUCCUUUUGUCCGGUUUGUAAACGUGAUGCAAGAAGCAACAGCAUCGAUAUGCCUGCGUCAGAGCACACACCUUUGCUUUCUCCUAGCGUGACCCCGACCUCAUCGUUUCUCUUAUCAUCACCCUCCACAACCCCGUUACAGUCAGCUUAUGAGCUGCCAAUAUCUAUCAGAGUAGACCCUUCUUCACCAUCAACUUCAAUGCAGCCACAAACAGUGCCUAUGUAUCUCUCUCACUCUCGCUCCCACACAAGCUUCCAAAACAGGUCGUACUGGCGUUCCCCGUAUAUACCAGUCAGCCGAAGUUCAGCAGAUCUCAGAAGAUCUUACAACUCACCCCGCCAGGGUUCUUUGCCUCGUUCUCUCCACUCAAGAUAUACACACAUACUUAGCCUGGGAAAUGCAUCAAGGAGCUGGGUUGUUGGGUCGUUAACAAGCCAGCGCGAACAUUUAUUUCUUCAAAACGACUCACGCAGGUGUUUUGCUCACUUUUCGUCUGCGAGCUCUCUACCAGGUUGCUAAACAGGUAAAAAAGGUAACACCGUACUAACCAAAAGCUACAGUUUCGGGGCUCACUGCUUUGAAGAAGCAGUUAACUCCUAGAGGAAUGAGGAUGUUCCUCGGCUCUAAUUCGUGACCAUGCUGAUUUUGUUAAACAAAUAGAGUUGAAAGAGUGUUCAGUGUGAGUGGUAUAUUCUUCAGCUGUACAGUUGUGGAGAAUGAUGAAUGUGAGAUGAGUGAGUUUGAAAGAGUAAAGCGUGUUUUUUGGUGAGUCAAUAAACUAACAACCAUUGAGUGUGGGUAUAUAUAACUAGCAUAUCAUUUUGGUUCGUUGUCUAUAUAUACUUCCGCUUCUCUUUCACAAGUUUAAACAUGUGAUUUUUUCUUUCUU